AUGGGUUGCAACACCUCAAGACUUGAUCGGCUUCCAGCGGUGGCUUUAUGCCGUGACCGUUGCAAAUUCCUCGACGAAGCACUCCGCCAAAGCUACGCCCUCGCUGAUGCUCACGUGACACACAUGGAAUCCCUCAAAACACUUGGCCCCGCUCUCCUCUGUUUCUUCGAUCAAUUUGAAGAUUCCGGCGAAACCAACGAAAUCAAACCCCACCUCUCGAAAUCACCACCCCUUCACUCUCCCUCCUCUUCUUCCUCAAGUUCCAACUCAGAUGUACAUGUCCUUUUGCAUUCUGAAUCAGAAGUCGAGGACACAGAUAAAGAAUUCCAAUUGCUCACUCAAAGUCGUUAUGAUUAUCUCAACUACGACACUGCAUUACCAGCUACUGAUAAUGUGGCUUUCAUGAAUUACGUGGAGCCUCUUUACACUCCCUUUUCUCCGCCGAAGCCGCCGCCGUUACCGCCUCCUCAUAACAGCUCAGCCUGGGAUUUCUUUAACUUCUUUGAGCCGUACGAGAGAUACCAAGUGCCGUACAAUCCGAGUGGUAAGACUGACGCAACGGAGGAGAAGGAAAAGGGAAAGGCCAUCAUCACUCAGAAAAAUGAUGGUGUUGGUGUACAUGGGUCUAAAUCUACUGUAGGAGAAAGUAAGGUGAAUGAGGAAGAAAAUGGAGAAGCCAAGAAUAAAAAGGCUGAUUCGAAGGAAAAGAAUUCAGUUUCAGAGAAAGAGCCACCGAAGUCAGAGGAAUGCAGCAAUAGCAACUCUGAGAAAGUGAAAUCAGCGAAAGGUUUGUCUGACGCAGUGAAAGAGAUUCAGACUCUAUUUGAGAGGGCAUCAAAUUCGGGAAACCCAAUUUUGGAAAUGCUGGACGUUGGGAAACUCCGUUACCAUCGAAAAAUUGACUUCAAUCAAGUUUCAUGCAAGAUGAUGCAUGUGUUCACUCCGUCAAUUCCCUCAAAUCUUCUGUCAAUUAAAUGCAUGGAAUCCUCAUUGCUUGGACGGAGAAUGCGAUCUGGGUAUCAAGGAGUUUAUAAAGACAAGGGCCUCAGCUACUCGAAUCUCAGCUCUACUCUGAAGAAGCUGUGUAUGUGGGAGAAGAAGCUGUAUAACGAAGUGAAGGCUGAGGAGAAAUUGCGCAUACUUCAUCAAAAGAAGUGUAGGCAGUUGAGACGUAUGAAUAAAAGUGGUGCCGAUGCAGACAAAGUUGACUCUGUUCAAACUUUCAUUGGGAUUUUAGUUACAAAAAUGAAAAUUUCUAUCCAAGUAGUUCACAAGAUAUCUAAUAUGAUAAGCAAGUUGAGGGAAGAGGAGUUAUGGCCGCAGAUCAACAGGUUUAUUCUCAUGUUUUUUGGAAUGUGGAAAGAUAUGCAAGAAUGUUACAGACGCCAGUAUCAAGAAAUUGCUGAAGCCAGAACUUUAGAUGCCUCUUCGUUAAACAAAAAGCUUGGCAAUUCUCAUCUUGAUGCAGCAAUAAAACUCAAAUCUGAGGUGCAAAACUGGAAUUUAAGCUUCUCAGAUUGGAUUCACGCUCAGAAGUCACAUGUGAAAGCCUUGAAUGGUUGGCUAGUAAGAUGUCUAUUGUAUGAACCUGAAGAAAUACCAGAUGAUUCAACCCCCUUCUCUCCUGGCAAGAUUGGUGCACCACCUGUGUUCGUAAUCUGUAACAAAUGGUCACGGGCAGUGGAUAAUCUCUCAGAGAAGAAUGUAAUUGAAGCCGUAAAUGGAUUUAUGGUCAGAGUGAAUGAGCUCUUGGAAAGGCAUAUUUUAGACCAUCAGCAAAAAAUAACAUUGGACAAGGAAUUAGAGAGAAAAGUGAAAAUCUUGGAGAAGCAAGAGCAAAAGAUGCACAAAGUGGUGCAGGCUAGGGAGAGAAAGAUGGUUCCAGAUGCCAGAGAAGAGAAGGAAGCCCUGUUACGAGGGGAUGCUGUGCAUCAUGGUGAUAUUGUUGAUACUAUUAGCCUACAAUCAGGUCUGCAACAGAUCUUUGUUGCCAUGGAAAGGUUCACUGCCACCACUGCUUACUUAUAUGAAGAACUUAGCCAACAAAUUAAGCAAGAGGAUCAUGUUUUGGGUGAGUACAAAAAUUAA